CUAUCGAGUCGAGCCGGCUGGUCAUUGUCCACGCAACACCGCAGAGAGGCUUGUGCAUUGCACCACUUGGAGACAGAUAUACACACAGAGCCAUCUCUCUCCUCCUCCUCUCUCACAUCCUUGCCUCUCCUCCAUCCGGCAGCAUCCUACUCUCGCCUCCACCUCCAGCAACCAUGGCCAGCACCGUAUCAGCCUACUCGGACAAGAUCAAAGAGAUGUCCAUGCUGUCUCUGAUCUGCUCCUGCUUCCACUCACAACCACAUCCCAACAGCCUCUACCAAUAUGGAGACAUGGAGGUGAAGUCCCUAAACAAGCGGGCAUCCGGCCAGGCCUUCGAGGUCAUCCUGAAGGCCCCUGCUGACCUCUCUCCUGACAGGCCCCAGCCCCUGAUCUCUCCCCCCAAGAAGGACCUCUCCCUGGAGGAGCUCCAGAAGAGGCUAGAGGCUGCGGAGGAGAGGAGGAAGUCUCAGGAAGCCCUGCUCCUGAAGCAGCUGGCUGAGAAGCGGGAGCAUGAGCGAGAGGUGCUCCUCAAGGCCCUGGAGGAGAACAACAACUUCAGCAAGAUGGCAGAGGAGAAACUCAACUACAAGAUGGAGGUCAACAAAGAGAACCGCGAGGCCCACCUGAAUGCGCUAAAGCAGCGGCUCCGUGAGAAGGAAAUCCAUGCCGAUGAGGUCCGUAGAAACAAGGAACUCCAAGCUGACCUCUCUGGUUGAAGAUAUUUUCUACAGUUUUGUCAAGAGAUUCUCGUCUGGUUUUGGUUGGAAGAAAUGCUACUUUUUUUAAAUCUCGAUGUCUGAAAGUCUCUUGCAUUGUUCAAUAUACACUGGUUUCACAAGCUAAUAAUUCAACAACAAUUUACACAGAUUGUUUCUCAUCUCUCAAUUUAUUUUUUGAAAAUAAUAUUGAUAUUGAGCAUGGGUAGAGCUGAAGUAAGGCCCAAGGUCAAGGGUCAGAUUUACUAAACAUUUGCACUUUUCUUAAGACUGCACCUGUGAGUUCAUACAAGGGAACAAAAUGAAAACAAUUGAAACAUUUCUUCUUUAUCUUAGGAAACCUACUCCUUCUCUUACAUUUUGUUUUAAGUCAUGUGUUUGGUUCUGUUUGGAAAAAUAACCAGUAAAAUGUUGCACUUGUGCAAAUGCUUAGUAAGUCGGGCCUUCUGUGUGUGUAAGAAGAAGCUACUGUUAGAUCAUAAUGAGGAAUUUCCCUAAUUGAUCCAUAAACAUAGCUCAAUAGUUACGUUGAAUUCUCAUAGGAAGUCAUGAUUAUGCUGCACCUGUUACACAUAUUGCCAAAAUGUCUUUCUCUUGAAAAAAUGAGCUUGAGGUCUUUACACAAUCCCUCCAUCUAUUGCAUAAGGUACUGUAUAACAGGGGAKCAGAGCCAAGCUUAAUUGAUUCAAGUGUUGCCCUUGCUUGGACCAUGUGUAAAAGAGGUAUCUGAUAAUAUACAAUAUUCAGCACACUCUAUAGGCAAACACUAUAACCUGGUCAUUCAUCAUAUAUAGUCACACCCAUUGUCAGUUUGUGCAGCCAUCUUCAAUCAAGCAUGCAACGUCAAUCAAGUGACUGUAUAAAAUGGAGCACAGUCGCAUUUAGGCUUCAGUUCAAUAAAGUUCAGUAUUCACUUUGCCGUAUAGGUCAGUAAAUGAAUAAGGUUACGAUACAUACACUUAAACUGCUUUAAGAGUGGGUUCCGGUCUCUUUUAGGUUUAAUUUCCUAGCUACUGAAAUCUCCCACACAGUCUGUUUAUUUCUGAGAGUCACUCACUCACUGUUGUCACUUUAGGGGACUACAUUUAGUAACAAGAUGACUCCACUACAGAGUGCCGUAGUUUGUUUGCAGUGAGAUACAGAGUCAAUGUGACAGAAUUGUUUUAAUGCAAAUUAUAUGCAAAGUGUUUAUUUGAGCAUCAAAUGCUGACACAGCACUGAAUGUAUUGCCAGAUACACUUACCCUUCUAGCAGCGUAUAGGCCUACAUAUGCCGUAUCUUAAUUUGGUCAUCCUGUUGCAGGACUGUUCCUGCAUAGCAGGAAAUGCAAACUUGUAUUGCAUUUAAGGUUUAAAAAGGCUUCUAAAGUUUGUAAUUACCACUUAAGACUUGAUUUACUCUAAUGAAAAAUGUAUCAAACCCUACAAAAAUGUCCAUUCAUUAUAAUCCACAUAAUACUUCACAGUUACUGUUGCUGCAGGAUCAUUUUCCUGCUGUAGCAAACUGGCUCAAUUUUAGAUCCUACAUUUGUAGGAACCUCGUGCCUGGUUUCCCUAUAGUAGUGUUGUUUGGGAUAAUCCUGCUCAGCUUCAGUGGGGUUCUGCUAGGACACAGUCCUUUCAUGCUGGUGCUUGACUUGGUUGGUUGUCGCCAUGUAUUAAGUAACCUUGACAUCGUGCCAACUUCUGUUUUUAUUAUCUUUGUCUAAGAUGAGUCCACCAGGCCACCAUGCUUACACAGUACAUACACAAACACUGUUGGCUAUUCAUUUAACUUAGAUUCAUUGCAUACAGCGACUCUGUGUGCAUAACUCAACAAUAUCUCACCUUUAAUAAAAGGUUAACUGGCUGUUGUUGCUGGAAUAUAAAGUCUGAUGAACUAUAAUAAAGUUGGUGAUACCUUAUUUUGUCA